CUGCAUACAUUAACAAAUGUCAAUAAUACGUCAAAUUCAGUACAUUUAAAUUUGGUUUCGUAUUCUGCCACCUACCAAGAUGUAAUGGACAUUUAUUAGAUGUUCCAUUGAUAAAAAAAUCCUGAAUUAAUGGUGAUUACAGAAUAGCCUUGUACGUUGAUAUAACUUCAUUUCUGUCUAGUUCUUGACUCUGUUUACUAUGAACAUAUAAAGCAGACGGUUGUCUCGAUCUCGUGGUCCUGAUAAUUAAAAAAAGUUAUUUGUCUUAAAUUCAGUGUUCCUCGUAUAUUUUCAUUUGUACGUAUUACGUUUUUUAUGUAAAGCAAAAGUUCUGUAAAUGUUGCGGCUUGAGUAAAAGUUUUGUUGUGAUGUAUUUUUUAUAUUCUCUUCAACCCAUCGUAAAAUAAAAUUUUACGUUGCAGUUGUAAUGAGCUGGUGAUAGUUACUCAUGUUCGAUUAAUAUUUCAUGAACUUUAUUUUUAAAGCGACCGCGGUUUACUGUCGCAAAUACAUAAGUAGAAACUUGGGAAGAUCACGUGUGAAUUUUUAUUACACUCAAAUAGCAAAAAUGGGUUUGCUAAGUGAAGGAAGUCCAUUGUCUUGGGAAGAGACUAAGGCUUUGGCAGAGCAUGUCCGUCAGCACGGCAUCGAACAAUUUAUUAACCUGUACGUGAAGCUGCAGGAGCGCACGGGCGACGUGCUCAAAUGGGGAGAUGAGGUGGAGUACAUAAUUGUGAAGUUUGAUGAUGAGAACCAGCGUGCCACAGUCAGCCUCAUUGCCCACAAUCUGUUGCCUAAACUGCAGGAGAAAGAACUAGCAGAUCCUCAAAACGUAAAAUCACUCUGGCGUCCUGAAUAUGGGUCAUACAUGAUUGAGGGUACCCCUGGCCGUCCGUACGGGGGUCUACUAGCACAUUUCAAUAUUGUAGAAGCAAACAUGCAGUACCGUAGAGCCGAAGUAUCACACUUACUACCCCCGGGAGAAGUUAUCAUGAGCAUAACUAAUUUCCCAAGAUUAGGAUGUCCUAACUUCACAAGUCCGCCCUACCCACCGACUCCCCACGAAGGUGUCUCUAGGUCAUUGUUCUUCCCUGACGAGGGCAUAUUCCCUGGACACCCUCGCUUCAAAACAUUGACCACCAAUAUUCGACAACGACGUGGAGAAAAAGUAGCUAUCAAUUUACCAGUGUUCAAAGAUGUAAACACAAAGAUUCCAGUGGAUAAUUCUCACUUAUUGGAGCCGGAGGCAGCUAAGCCUGACUGCGUGUACUUGGACGCUAUGGGAUUCGGUAUGGGAUGUUGUUGCCUGCAGCUCACGUUUCAAGCCUGUUGCAUCACUGAAGCGCGCACAUUGUAUGACCAGCUAGCGCCGCUCUGCCCUAUAAUGUUGGCACUAUCAGCAGCGUCGCCAAUCUUCCGUGGGUUCCUGACCGACGUGGACUGUCGCUGGAAUGUGAUCGCGGGUUCCGUGGACUGCAGAACGCGCGAGGAACGCGGCCUCGAGCCUCUCAAGAACAACAAGUUCCGUAUUAACAAGUCACGAUAUGAUUCUAUCUCUUCGUAUCUGUCGCCGGAAAAUGAAGCGUACAAUGACAUCGCGAUAGUGCACGACAAGGACUUGUACCGCCGCCUGCGUGAAGGCGGCAUCGACCAUCCUCUGGCACUGCACGUCGCGCACCUAUUCAUCAGGGACACCGUCUCACUGUUCUCCGAGAAAGUUAACCAAGAUGACAACAACGAUACUGAUCACUUUGAGAACAUCCAGUCGACGAACUGGCAGACGAUGCGGUUCAAGCCGCCGCCCCCGAACUCCCCGAUCGGUUGGCGCGUGGAAUUCCGGCCGUGUGAAGCCCAGCUCACUGACUUCGAGAACGCAGCCUACGUCUGCUUCGUCGUGUUACUCACCAGGGUCAUACUCUCCUACCGACUCAACUUUGUCAUGCCUAUCAGCAAGGUGGAUGAGAACAUGCAACGCGCACAAAGACGGAACGCGUGUCUGAGCGAGAAGUUUUGGUGGCGCCGCGACGUGGGCGCCCCCACUGAUCUCGCAAAGCAAACGCGGGACCCCUCGGAACUGUACGCUGAGAUGACUAUCGACGAAAUUGUUAAUGGAAAGGAUGGCAUAUUCCCUGGUCUGAUACCUCUGAUCGAGUCGUACCUGUCUGGCAUGGAUGUGGACGCGGACACGCACUGCUCCGUGCAACAGUACCUCAAGCUCAUACAGCGACGCUCCUCCGGCGAGAUCUCCACUAUGGCCACCUGGAUGAGGAACUUUGUCACCACGCACCCACAGUACAUGAAAGAUUCAGUAGUCACCGAAAAAAUAAACUACGACCUACUGAAGACUGCUCACGGUAUUCAGACGGGCACACUCGCCGCACCCACUCUUUUGGGUAGCAGUACCGUGUCCAAGACUAACGAAGACAUUCCCAAGGCAUUCAGUAAGAUGAUGAGCAAGGAGUGUCCCUAACCGUGGCCCAGCGCCGCAGACAUCGUGCCUUCCGUGCGCUGCACUUCUAACUACUUGUUAUACAACGACAUCUAUACACCUAUCUACCGCACGCGACAUCUCCAACUGACUAUGCCCCAUCUUCCUCAGUAGUCAGAUAUCGAAUUGUUUAAAUUGCAUGAAAUUUAAAUACAAUUAUUAUUACAUUAUUCGAUUCAGACCGUCAAAAG